AUGAUAUCAGAAGUCGUGAAUGGCAAGCCAUCACUUAACAACCAAAAAGGCAUAGCAACUGUGUGUAAACAACAAGGCAAGUCGAAAACAACUUUUAUAAGCGAUAAGCAGAGAGCUCGCAGCACUUUACUAUACUCAAUACUAAAAACAACUUUAAAGCUUCAUAGUUAACUCUAAAAACGAAAAUUAAUUUGCGCAUUUGAACUAACAAAAAUUAAUUUUAUAGUAAUCUAUUUUCCAUUUCUCAAUCAAGCGUUAGGCACUCAUCUUAAAAGAUCUUUGCAUAACAAAGUUUCAAGAUAAGUAUUUUAUUACAUCAUUUUAAAACUGAUUAAUAUAUUAUUUCAUUUGCGUAAUUCAUCACAGAUAUGUUAGGAUUACUUAAAGAAUGCGAUCGCCAGAUACAACAGCAGCGGGAAAAAUUGCUAAAAGGAAGAGAUUUGGCUUUACAAGAAAAAUUUCGUCAACUAGAUCAGAAAAGAAGCAUUCCAGACUAUUUUUCUAGUGGUGAAAAUGAAAUAAAUAAAUUACAAAUUGCUUCUAAAUCUCACAUCGAUAUUUAUUGUAAUCAGAAUAUUAAACGGUCUGAAAAAUCACUCAGUAAAGAAGUGGGGGAAAAAAGAUCAAACAAAGUGAGGGAAGAGAAGAUUCGUCAAUUAUUAUGGAAGAACGCGCCGGAACUCCAGAAUCUGCGCAAAAUGAUCUUAGCCGCAGACGUCUGCAGAGAGCAGGCACUACAAAUGGCUGAAAAGAAUGCUCUACGAGAGCUUGAAGACGAACAGAAAAAGCACUUGGCAGAAAUAUCAGCGAAAGAGAAAGCCGCUCUGGAGGCCGAAGAAAGAGACAAGGAUUUUCAAGAGAUGAGAGCGAAACAGAAAUACCACAGAGAAUUAGAUGAACAGCUUCGAUUCAAAAGAACGCAAGAAUCAUCUGACGAUGGCCAGGCCGAGAGGGAAAGAGCCGCCAUUGAUGAAAUAAAAAGACAAAUAGAGGAAGAGGACUUGAAGGAAGCGAGAGCAAAGAUUGAGAAACAAAAUGAGCUCCGCCGCCAGAUGUCGGAACUUCUAAUGGUGAGAGAGGAGUUGAGAUCCCGAGAGAAGCUAAGGGAGGUGUCAGAGAGCUUGAAAGUGGACGAAUACAGAAAGGCUCAGGAAUUGAGAGCCAAAGGGCAGGAGGAGAAGAGACAAUUGGAGCUGGAGCAGCGACUGCAGAUACAAGAGGAACUUCUAGACUUCUUGGAGCAAAUAUGUCGGGAGAAGAUGAAAUGGGAUGAACUCCGCACUGAGUUGGCGAUAGAGCAGAGGGAAGAGGAAGAAAGGGAAAGGUUUCGAGAGGAAGAAAUGAAACGAAAAAAAUUCGGAAAAGAUCUCCAAAAGGUUUAUGAUAUGCAGUUGAAAGUCAAGAGGCAAAAGGAAGAUUUGCAAAAAAAGGAGGACGAGUUAUUCCGACAACGCAUGAUGAGGCAACUGCAUGAGGAAGAUAAGUUAGAACAGAUGGGUGCUCAGAAGAGAAGACAAAAGCAAUUGGAACACAAACAUCAGGUCGAGUCACUGUUAAAUGAAAACCGACUUAAAAAAGCAGCUGAAAAGUCUAGAGAAAUGGCGGAUCAGGACUAUCAGAUGAAAGUAGAAGCAGAACGCGUCAGAAUGGUUGAGGAAGAGAGGAUUCGAUUCCUGAAAGAACAUGCCAGUGAUCUACUUGGUUAUCUCCCAAAAGGAAUAUUCACAGAUAAAGAAACUCUUGAACAUUUGGGUGAAAAAUUUAAAAAGUUCUACUACCCUUCAGAGUGAAUCUUCGGCGAUUGAAUUUUUGAUUGUUUUGUGAAACACGAAUUUUUUAUGCAUCGUAUCGUUUUGUAAGGUAUUGCCUCUCUCAGAAACUUUUUGAGAAUUAUAUAUUGCACUCCAAAACAUUUCUUGAAAAUUGUAACAAAACUGAUAAAAUUUAGAUUUUGCCAAAAUACGUUCUAUAUUUAUUAGAACAUAGAAAAAAUAGAGAAAUG